UCUCAGCCCUCUUCAGGCGGAUUCUCAAGGCGAGACCGGAAGUGUGUUCAGUGUACUCUCAUCACGCAGAGGAAAGCACUGAGGUCAUCUGCUUCAAGCUGUACCUGAACCUGAACCUGAACCUUACCUGUGGUGAUUUAGCAAGAAACUGACAGGAUGUCUGGAGAUUUGCCUCUGAAUAUCAACAUUAAGGAACCACGAUGGGACCAGGGCACGUUUAUGGGCAGAGCCCAGCACUUCUUCAUGGUGACGGACCCCAGAAAUGUGCUGCUAUCCAGUGAGGUUUUAGAGGAUGCCAGAGUUACUGUGGAGAACUACAGGUUGGGAAUCAUAAAGCCUGGGCUAACAGAAGAUGAACUAUGGAGGGCCAAAUACAUCUACGACUCUGCUUUCCACCCAGACACAGGAGAGAAAAUGCUGCUAGUUGGACGCAUGUCUGCACAAGUGCCCAUGAACAUGACCAUUACGGGUUGCAUGCUUACCUUUUACAGGACAACCCCAGCAGUGGUGUUCUGGCAGUGGGUAAACCAGUCCUUCAACGCCAUCGUCAACUACACUAACCGCAGUGGAGACGCGGCAAUCUCCAUGAAUCAGCUUGGAGCAGCCUACGUUAGUGCUACAACUGGAGCUGUAGUAACAGCCCUUGGACUGAAGUCUCUGACCAAGCACUUGCCACCUAUUAUGGGGCGUUUUGUUCCAUUUGCUGCAGUGGCAGCAGCAAACUGUAUCAACAUACCCUUCAUGAGACAAAGAGAGCUGAAGUAUGGCAUUCCUGUUUCCGAUGCUGAGGGAAAACGUCUUGGAGAAUCAACUAAAGCGGCUCAGCAAGCCAUCGUACAGGUGGUGGUGUCUCGUAUCGGCAUGGCAGUGCCAGCCAUGGCUAUUCCUCCAGUUAUCAUGAAUGCCUUGGAGAAGAAAGCCUUCAUGAAGCGGUUCCCGGUUCUCAAUGCCCCUGUACAAGUUGGACUUGUUGGACUCUGUCUGGUGUUUGCCACUCCGCUGUGCUGUGCUCUGUUCCCACAGAAGAGUUCUAUGAAGGUGAGCAGCCUGGAGCCGGAGCUUCAAGAGAAUAUUCGACAAAGCAAUCCGAACAUCACUACGGUUUAUUUUAACAAGGGUCUGUAGAGAGGUCUAGGUUGCAGCCCAUGUUGAUGUCCUCCACUGCACUGGAUGUUGGUGGGCACAACUUAGAAUAUAUUUAUUUUUGUUUUGCUGUUAUAUAUAUUUUUUAAAUAUUUUACCCAUGUUAUUGAACUAUCCAAAAUGAAGGUUAGAACUUGCUGCUGGAUUUAGUUAAAGAUGCUUGAAUGUUAACUGCUGCAUUGCUUUACACCUCCAUCUUGGGAUGACCACACACACGUAGACUUAUUUACCAAUAUAUACAUUACUUUGAUUUAUAUUAGAUUAUCAUAGGCAUGUUGUAUGAUUAUUUAAUUUUUUUUUCACUUCUUGAUCUUUGGCUAGGAACUUUCUAAGAUUUCUAGGUUUGUGGCUCAAAUAUCAUUCAAAACUCUCCCGUUUGCGUUGUUACUAAAGACAGUUAAGGAAAUUGGGUUUUCAUCUUUAUUCUGCCACUUAUUUCCACCUUUCGUGCUCUACUGUGCCCAUGAAGUGCACUUACACAGUGAACGCAGUGUGCUUUACUAUGUACUACAAAAGAAACCCUGAAAUGUGCAAACACUCCUUCAUGAGCACAUCAACAACUAUCAGGUGACUAUCACUGAUAUCAUUUCCUGUACACCAUACUUCAUUAUUUCUGUUUAAGCCUUAUAUACCUGUGUGGUUUGAAGUCAUUGCAAAUGUCUUCAAGACAUUUGGUUGUGUAGAUUGUAGUUUGUGUACUGAAGAAAGGUCAAUCAUAUUUAUUGGAAUAUUUAAUACUUAUUAGUAUUUGUGAUUGUAGGAAUAAUUUCCCCAAAUAGAAUGUGUCUGGGCUUAAAGACAAGCACUAAAUAUCUCAAGCAGCAAGAGCAAAUGAUAAGAACAAAGUUUGCUCAUGUUCGAUAGAAAUCUGCUCGGUUGGAGUAUGAAGAAAAAGAUGCUUCAUAUGCUCUGCUUGAUCAUGUAUUACAUCUCAGACAUGUACAGUUAUGGGAACAACAAUCAGAUUUCUUUAUUGUUGUCAUGGGGGAAUCUAUUGUGUGUUUUAUUAAUAUAUAUAAUGAUGUCAGUUAUGGUGUCUGUAGUAUUUGAUAUAAGCAUUAGUUAGUUCACUAACCUCUGGUCCUGUAACUUGAGCACAGAUGAUCAAACUUGUUUUCCCUGAUGUGUUGUGGUAAUGUUACAGUGUGUAGUUUUUGUUGUCUGGUUCCUGAAGUUAACAAACCUUCACAGUGUUGUUUUUUUUGUUUUUUUGCCAUCAGACUCUAACAACUCUGCUUUUUGGGUGCAAUGGCACUUAGGCUUGUCAUCAUAUCCUCAGUAGAGAUCUGUUGUUUUUGACCUAGGCACUCCAUUGUAGGCAUAUAAUUUCGCCUAAUAUCUAAGCACAUUAAAUGUUACACAAGUAUGCUGUUGACAAAGGUAGCCCAGUUGAAAGCAGUCAAGGUUUGAUGCUUGCAAAUUCCUCCUUACUAUGAUGAAAGUAAAAAAAAAAAAACAUGUCUAGGUUUGAUAUAGAGACAUGUUGGAUCUGUUACGCAAACAUGACGUAUUUAAAUGACAUUUAUACAAAUCUGUCAGAUUUCUUCCCGGGAUGUCCUGUUACACCUAAUAUCACAGACUACUUCAGCCCCACCUAGUGUCAAGACCUGUUCUUCCUUUCAAAAUAUGCAGAGUACCAGCAAAGUUUGAUUACACGAUUAAUGCUCACAAGUGUCACAAUGCUUUAUGAUCAACAUAACACAGAAUUCUAAACUUAAACUGACAAGACGUUACACUCUCAGUACUGUCAUGGCAUCCUGAACCAGCUUACUGUCUGUAAUAUCAGCAAUACACCAGAUAAUUAACAAAAGUGGGGUUUCAAAAUAUUCCAUGAUUGUAAAUUGCACUAGACCCCUGACAAUGUUUAUAGGAUGUUAAACCAUAAUGUUGUAAUUGUACAGAUUUAAUAUCAUGUUAAUUAGCUUACAGUGAUCAUGUUAUUUUCUAUAUGCAGUUAUAACAUUAUGGUUGUCCAUUAAAUUGUCUUAUUUCAAAACAAAAUACAGACUGUCACACCAAACUAGACCUCACCAAAAGAAAAUUGAUUCACUGCACGUGUUUGAUGCUUAAGAGCACAAUUUAAUGAUCGGUCUACUUUAGUGUGAAAAGUGCAAUAAUUGGGUUGAUGUUACUUGCAUGUAAAGGACAGUUAUUCUAUAUUAUUAUUGUUGGUGCUUAUUGAUUUAUUUUUCCAGCAUUUUAUAUUGUUUUGUUGAAUCCUUGUCUGUAUUUUAUCUGGAACAAUGUAAUAAAGCUAUUAAACUAUG